AAACACGGAGCAUGCACACCGUAAUAUCGUCAAAUAUAACUGGUAAUCAUUUUGUAGUAUUCGAGUCAUCUGUCAGUUCUGUCAAGAUGAAAGAAAGGCUGGCCGACAUAUCGCUGUAAAUGUUUAAUUUCAAAUUUAAAAUAAAAUCAGGUAAACCAGUUUUUCGGAGGUCACAGACAUUAUUCGGGAUCGGUGGAUUCCGGAGAAAACAUAAGAGAAAUCGCUUGUAAAGGUGUGCAACCGCGAUUGAACUCGUGACUAAUUCGAUUGGACUUGAACGAGUGAUCUCCGUUGACGUCAUUACCGAAGAUAGUUUUCAUAUGAAAAGUGGAUCAUACAAAAAAGAUUUAAUAAAAAUUGUAACUUCUUAUGAUUAAAUGGAUAUGAAAGAUUAGUUUGAAUUAAUUAGGUUGUUGUAAUAUUUUUGUUGCCAUAAAAGACUAUGUUUACUACAGAAGACUUUAGAAGUAGAAGUGUAGAAGCCUUAUUACUUUUUCUGAGAGAUUUUAUAUAAGAUGUGGACAGAUCAACAAUUUAUAAUUAAUUAGAAAAAAUUUUUAUUUUUUAUUGAAAUAUGAUUUAUCCUAUAGCUCUCUUACAUAAUUAGGAAGAGCUAUUUCAUAAGUAUUUCAAAGAAAAAUACAAAUAAAUUAAUGGAGGGCUCUGUAAUUAACUUUAUCCUGAUCAUUUGUUUAUAUAUAAUUUAUUUCUUUUGUCCUCUUUUUCCUUCUUUCUCUUUUCAUCGUCUUUACGUUUAAUUUAAGAUCUAUUCAUUCAUUAGAGAGUUCUAUUAGCGAGAACUGACAAGAACCAUCUCUCGUGUCAUUGGGCUGCGUCCAAGCUCAUUGAACUUACCGAUCUAGACAUUCGUCGAAAUACCGCCAAGUGAAAUCGUUCAUGCGGAGUAUGCGUUUUUAAUAGUUAUUUCAGUAGUGAACCUGCGAAUUCGAUCGAUUUGAAUGGGCAAAUUUCCCCCUCGACUAAUCGUCAUAUUUGCAAUUCUUCCUUGGAAGAAGGAUAGAUCAUAAACGAAUGGCGGGAAUAAACGGACGAAUGAACGAACGUGGUGAGCGAGGAAGGCGGAAAGGAAUGGAUAGAGGGACGGACAGACGGAUGGCCGGGUAACCCAGAUCGGGUCAGUCGAGCCGAUCCUACGAAGACCGGCUGCCAGUACAGUAUCGGACGUCGUACCGACUUUCUGGUCGCUUGAUCAUUCAGGCGCGCAUUGUCAACCAGCCGUUUUUCAAUAUUAAAAGAAAUUAUUCGGUUGCUGAAAUUUACUCCGAUCGCUUGGUCUAGGUGCGGGCAAAUUGUUGAUGUCAGAGAUACACCGUGGAAAAAACGGAGCGGCAGGUCGAGAUGCAGUUCUCCUUUCGUAAUAAUCGCAGCUAGCCAAUAGACAAGCGCCUGGUGCUUUUUUCAUGAAUCGGACAAUGGCAAAAGGGAGAGCAGUCGCGAUAUUCUCGAUUGUGCUCUUGGCUAUUACGUGCCUUCAUUCUGUCGUGGGGGUCAAGGUCUAUACGGAGGUUACGUCCUUGAACGAGACCGCGCACCACGAUGACUACAUCGUCGAGGAAAACGAGGUGCCGUUCUCUCACGAAUCUGAUAACAAAACCGAUGAAUUCCUUCGCGAUCAUCCGCACAAUAUACUUGGAAAACCAACAAAGUUCGAUAUUCACGUAGAUGAUAGAGUAGAUUAUCAAAUUGAGCCAACGAGAAUGGCCAACGAGAAUGUCACUGCUAAUCCAAUUAAAAUAAAUUCAACGAUUAGUCAGUUUCUGUCAAGUUCGUCAGAAUGCAGAGAAAAGCUGACGGUCUCUUGUAUACGGAAGGACUUCUCAAACUUUUUAGAUCAACUUUCGAGGGUUGACACGUAUAACGUAACAGAAUCCGUGCAGAUAAUAAGAAACCCCGAAGCAAAUAUCGCGUGCGACGAUCGAAAGAACGAUGAUGAUCCGGAUUUGAAGCUUCUGGACAAGGUUCAUCAUUAUGCUAGGACACAUGUGAUGAAGAUACAGCUGAACAAGGAUCUGAGUCUCGCAAGAGAAGCCAGGACGUUCUUCGGUUCCGUGUUUCAGGGAAAGAGUUCCUUUUUAACAGGAUUCGGGCUUGGUUUUCUAGCAUUCGGUCUGAAGAAACUGUUGCUGCCCUUGUUCUUCGGCGUACAGAUAAUUAAGAGCGUGUUACUCGCUCUCUUCCUACCAAGUAUCAUUGGCAGCAUUGGUAAUAUCGUUGGAAAGGGUGUUUCCUCCUUCGCGCAGUCUUCGCAUGCCGCACCUAUGGGCGCAUCGGAGGAAAAUUUCGAGUUCAAAGAUAAUACUGAUCUUUACAACGACGAUUAUCUUACGCGACAACCGGUAGGCACGUUACCAGCAUCCGCUAUGUACGACGAGAGUAUGAUGCAGACGCAGAAAACUCCGGAUAUUGCAAACCGCUAUGGAUUCGUAGAUUCGAGAAUAUCCCAUGCGAAUGCGCUUUCGGAUCGUUAUUACACACGACACGUGGCUGCGCAUGGACUUUCUAAGAAACAAGAUUUUAAGGUAUUCCAUGAGAUCCCGACGAGCUCUUUGCUUUUGACGAACUACGACCCCUUCUACUCGCCCCUGCUGUCACGUUUGGACGCCGUUUUCUCUCGCCUGGGCCACAAUACGGAAGGCUGCAGGGAAUACGCGGUGUGCGCGAUGUAUCGGAGUCCCGCGCGUUACGCGCCAUACUCGAACCUGGUCUCGGCUCAGCUGUCUAGAGAAUUGAACGAGCUGAGGAAACCCAGCAGCGACAAUCCCGACGUUCUUCGAUUCUUCAGAUACAUGAAGGCCGCUAAAGAUGGUCAGGAUGGCGUCAAGUGCGAAGAUAUCUAUGCGAAUUGUGCGAACGCUCGUGAAGAUCAGAACUUAAAGCAAAAUCAAGCGAUGCUCGCGACAUACCAAGAUAUUAACAAGCUCGUUCAGGCCAGAAAGAUCUGAGAACGUUGUAAUUUACUGUCGUUAUGGCCGUUAUUAAUUAUAAAUGAAUAAAAGAAGGCGCUUCUCACAUCUCUUCAUGCAAGUUUUAUGAGAAGCAGUGGCCUAUAGUUCUGACUGGAUGCGCUAGUGCAAUCGCUAGAAAAAGAUUUAGCGUAUGCUCUAACAUUCGUUUAUAGAUGUUGCGCCUGAGUAAAAUUUGUAGAUUUUAGUGAUGAAUUACUACGGUCGCACGAGACGCUCAUACGAGGCUUCCAGAAUUGCAAAAUUUCGAUUUUUUUUUCUUCCAAAUAUUUUAUCAACUUUUAUACUAAAAUUUUAGUAGAGGAAUAUUUAAAAAUUUUCAAGAACAUUUCAAUUAAAAAUUUUUGAAUAGCAUCUUAAAUAAAAGAAUCCGAAAUUAAUUUGCGUUUGUGAAGCUUCCGAGACAGUCUUAAUCCGCCAUUAUUCGAAUCUUCAACUCUUGUAACUCAACUGUAAGCUCAUGAUGUAUCAUACACAGUUUCCUAAAUUAUCGUUCGUAGCUUUGAUGUCGAUAUUACAGCAGCAUGUAAAUAUAAAGUCUCUGAGGACUAUUUAUUGAUUAUUUCUACGAAAAUUCAGAAAUAAGUUUAUAAUAAUUAAAACACGUUUUGUCAUAAAUAAUUAAAAUUAUUUAUUUUAAAUUUUAAAUAAAAACAUUAAAAUUAAUUUAUUUAAUUAAAAUUUAUAUAAAUUAUUAAAAUUUAUAUAAAUAUUAUUUAAAUUCUGUUUUAAAACACGUUUAAUCUGAUUAAUAACAGAUUUUUUGACACAUUGUUAACUAUAAAUUCCAAUAAAAGUAUAUUGUGAAUAAAGAACAUUUUAUAAAGAAACGUUUUAUAAAACAAAGCGACAUUUGAUCAUGCCGCCAUAAUCGGUAAACUAAUAUUAAUGUUAUUUUUUAAGCAUCUAGAAGAAUAGAAACUGUGUUAGAACAAUCAAGAGCAUCACAAUUUACAUAAUAUUUCGCUUUAGAUUACGAGACAGGUACAUGUGAUUUAGUCUACUUCUCUCGUAACAAAGCGAUUUUGAAAUAGAAAUAAAUUUUUAUAAUUUUAUUGAAUUGUUUAAAAAAUAUUUAUAUGAAAAUUAUUAGGGCAAUUAACUUUUUUAAAUGAGAAAAAAUUUGGGAAAUCUAUGAUAUAUCAGAAAUUAUGCUAAAAAUAUUUUCAUCGAGAAUUUAACUUGUUCAAAACUCUUUUAAAUAUUAAAAAAAAAUGUUAAUGUAUUAAUAUUUUUCUUAAACAGAUAUUUACACAAAUGAAUGAUUAUUAAAUGGCAUUAUGAUUAUUAAAUGGCAUAAAUAAAUAAUUACUUGAUGAAUUGUGUAAAAUAUGAACGUAUAAUAUUAAAAUUAUUAUAUGUUUAAUUUGUAUUUAUUUAUUGAAUGCUAUCGUGUACAGGAUUUUAUCUUGUAAUGUUUGAUAGUGAUUCUGAAUAUUUAUUUAUUUAUAUGACAUGAGGAUGAAGAUGCUAAUUUAUACAAUCAAAGCAAGAAACGUAUUGCGCAGAGCGCAUAUGUAUUUAGGUUAACUGUAUUUUAUUAAAAAAUUGCGAUUACUUCGUUAUUCGCAUGAUACAUUUUUAAAUUAAUGUACAGAGUACGUCAAUAAAAGAUUUUAUGAUGUUAGUCACGCGGGUUUCUCCAAAGUAAGGCAGCGCAAUGCGUCAGCAUACGACAUUUAUGUAAUCAAAAUCCUGUUUAAGACAUAAAGCAAUAAGAACAAAAGAAAGAGUUUCUUUCUUAUUGAAAACAUGAAUUAUCACACUCGCAUAAAACAAUAUGACAGUUAAUAAAAUUUUGUAACAAACAAAAUACAUAUAAAAAA